GUUGCAGGACUUGACACUCUAUAAUCCGGAAAGGACCAUUACAGUCAAAGGCAGUAUUGAAACUUGUGCCAAGGCUGAGGAAGAAAUUAUGAAGAAAAUCAGGGAGUCCUAUGAAAAUGAUAUUGCUGCUAUGAAUCUUCAAGCACAUUUAAUUCCUGGAUUAAAUCUGAAUGCCUUGGGUCUGUUCCCACCUUCUUCUUCAGGAAUACCACCUCCUGCAGUGAGUGUGGCCUCCGCUGCUGCUGCUGCUUCAUAUCCACCGUUUGGGCAACAGCCCGAGUCUGAGACUGUUCAUCUGUUCAUCCCAGCCUUGGCAGUUGGAGCUAUUAUUGGCAAGCAGGGACAGCACAUCAAACAACUUUCUCGUUUUGCAGGCGCAUCUAUUAAGAUUGCCCCUGCUGAAGGACCGGAUGCCAAGCUGAGAAUGGUUAUCAUCACUGGACCUCCAGAAGCUCAGUUCAAGGCUCAAGGGAGGAUCUAUGGAAAACUUAAAGAAGAAAAUUUCUUUGGACCUAAAGAAGAAGUGAAACUUGAGGCUCAUAUAAAAGUGCCAUCUUAUGCUGCUGGUAGAGUUAUUGGUAAAGGAGGCAAAACGGUAAAUGAGCUUCAAAACUUGACAAGUGCAGAAGUUGUAGUCCCUCGUGACCAGACACCUGAUGAAAACGAUCAGGUGGUUGUGAAAAUAACUGGUCACUUCUAUGCAUGCCAGCUUGCUCAGAGAAAAAUUCAGGAAAUACUGGCUCAGGUAAGAAGGCAGCAGCAACAGCAAAAAACAUUGCAGAGCGGACAGCCUCAGCCCAGACGGAAAUAAAGGUUUAGGAAACGGCCCAGCAGAGACAGAUGCCAGACCAAAGACAGACUGUGCGACGGAGAGACGGGUGGCGAGUACCCGUCGGAGUGAUAUGCAGAAGAUCCACCAAGCCAAUCACCUGUUCGAGGACCAGGCAACCGCUGAACGCUGUCUCUGAGAAUGUAUUCUUUAGGCUCUCUCAAACUUUUGAAACCCAGCUUUAAAAUAAGGACCCCUUCACUUCCCUUUUGUUCUAUUCUCACAACUUAACAUCAACUCGUUAGUCUUUUUUUAUUGUUAUUAUUAUUCCCCAACAAUUUUAGGACUUGGUUUAAUGAAGCUUUCUCUUCUGAGUUCACUGGUUUAAAAAAAAAAAAGAAAAAAAGAAAAAA